UUAGUGCCAAAACAAAAACAACGAGUUUGUGAGGAUUUGGUUAUGUAUUAAUACCCAGUUCAACAUAAUUUUGUAUUUUUAUUAUGGGUGAUUAAAAAAUGUACCAUAACUGAACUGUCCAGUGAAUGUCUAAAUUUCCUAAAAAGAAGUAUUAAAAAGUCUGAACCCUUUCAGAAUUUAAUCAACCAUGUUGGCCGAUGUUCCCGAUGUUUUGAAACCAAGCCAACAGGCUAAUUUAAAUGCUGAUAUUAAAACAGAUGAAUUCGGGCCUAAUUUUAAAGUUAUCUUGAUCAAUGACCAAGUACGAGAGCUUCAAACUGUAAUACGAGAUAGAAAUACUAAUAGAAGUGACUUUGUGUUUUAUGCUGAUCGUUUGAUUCGUUUAGUUGUUGAAGAAGGACUAAACCAAUUGCCUUAUAAGCGAUGCACAAUCACAACUCCAACAGGUGGAACUUAUGAAGGGCUGAAAUAUUUAAAAGGCAACUGUGGAGUCAGUAUUGUAAGAAGUGGUGAAGCAAUGGAACAAGGUUUAAGAGAUUGUUGUCGUUCUAUUCGAAUUGGAAAGAUCUUAAUUCAAAGUGAUGAGGACACACAUGAAGCUCAUGUUGUGUAUGCAAAAUUCCCAGAAGAUAUUGCCUCAAGAAAAGUUCUUUUGAUGUAUCCUAUUAUGAGUACAGGUAAUACAGUUAUCAAGUCUGUAAAAGUUUUAAAAGAUCACGGAGUUAAAGAGGAUAAUAUAAUUCUUCUAAACCUAUUUUGCACACCUCAUGCUGCUAAUUCUGUUAUGAAAGCAUAUCCGGCCAUGACUAUUUUGACUUCUGAAGUUCACCCAGUGGCUCCGAACCAUUUUGGGCAGAAAUAUUUUGGAACUGAUUGAAAUCCUACAAUUUCUGUAGGCAUAUGAAAGUUUAUUGCAUUUAUCUGUGAUGCAAAUUGGAUUAUUAGAAGAUAAGUGUUCUGUUUUUUACAGUUUAUGUGUUCAUUUAUUUAAAUAUUUUUUCAGAUUGUUUGAAAUAAACUACAAUAAAUGUUGACUAUUUUUGUGUGCA